AUGGUUGAUUUAUCAGGAUUUAAAAAAGCCGACUUAGUUGAUGCUUGUAGUAAAGUAGGUGUUAACACCAACACCAAAGAUACUAAAAAAUCUUUGGUCGAAAAGAUCGAAAAAUAUAUCGAAGAAAAUGGUGACGAAGGAUUAGCUACCAUUGAAGAAAUCUUGGACGUUGAAGAAGUCGAAGAUGAUGAUGAUGAAGAAGCUGCUGAAGAAGUUACCUUAAUUGAAGAAGGUGAAAUCAAAGAAGAUGAAGAUGAAGAAUUCAAAGGACCUCCAGUUGAUUUAAAAGCAAUGAUUGUUGAUCCUAUAUUAGAUUUUACUGAACCUUAUUAUGCUCAAUUAUUAGAUCAUUAUGAUGAAUUAUCAUUAAAAAUUAAUGAAUUCAAUGAAGAUAUCAGAAAUAACUUAUCAACUAUCGUUUCAUUGAAUUAUUUAUUAUUAAUUUUCGAAGUUGCUAUCUUUUCUUAUACUUAUAUUCCAUUGAAAAGUAUCAAAUCCAAUUAUUCAAUUCAUCCUUUGAUUAAAUCUAACUUACCUGAAUACGUUUUAGAUUCAAGUAUCGUUUUACCAGAUUUAACUUACAUUUUAAACUUUAAAGUAUUAUCAGUUUUUAUUAACUGGAUUAUUUACUCAGUUGCUAUUCCUUUAGCUGGUAGUUUCUACUUAAACUUCACCAGAAGAACUGUUACUUUCUAUGACGAUGAUGAUGAAGAAGAUUUUGAAAUUCCAGUUAGAAUUUAUGAAUACGACCCAUUUGUUUUCAACAUCUUAAAAGUUUUGAUCUUUUACUUAAUUAGUUUACCUUCAUCCAAAUUAUUCUUCACUAGUUCAUUUGGUGGAUUCUUCAAAGUCUUUGCUGAUCAACUCCUAAUUCAAUUCGGUUUCUACAAAGAAUUUACUAUCGUUUUAGGUAACUUGCCAAUUAUUUUUGGUUUAGCCAAUUUAGUUAUUGGUAUUUAUUCUCAAUUUGAAGAAUAUUAA